AUGGACAAACUUGAAGACUUCGAGAGCUUUUUGAAGAAUGUUGACAAAAUAAGUGAGCUGGUGACGGAUCUUAAAUCUUCUGAUGUCGAAGUCCAGGAAAAAGCAAUCGAGAAAGCUGAUUGCUACAUUGCUGCCUUGGAUGAACCCUGCAGGACAAAAGUCAACAAGACUACAAUCAACACAAACCCACCGCUGCAGCAUCGCGUGAGUCUGCAGGAUGAAAGCCCAGAGAAUUUCAUGAAGAUGAUGGAGCGAGAUGCUGAGGACAGGAGAGUAAGGAGGAUUGCAAAACGGAAAAAGGCAACUGCACUCAAAGACAAGGGGAAUGAAGCUUAUGCCCAAGAAGACUAUGAAACUGCUGUGAAGUACUACAGUGAGGGCUUGGCUGAACUACGGGACAUGCUGCCAUUGUACACAAACCGAGCACAGGCCUACAUAAAGCUGGGAAAGUACACGGAGGCCAUCAGUGACUGUGAACUGGCCCUGAAGUGUGACGAGAGGUGCAUAAAGGCUUACCUACACAUGGGAAAAGCACAUCUGGCCCUAAAGAAAUAUAAUGAGGCCAGAAACUCUUUUGAAAAGAUGGUGGAAAUUGAACCUGGGAGAGAGAAGAUUGCAAAAGAAUACCUGACCCAGGUACAUUUGGAAGAGGAGAGAGAGAGUCAGGAGUUGAAUGCAAUGCAAAAGUUUGACAAGGGAGAUGGGAAGGCCACAGCAGUGCCCCAGCUGCUGGAGAAGCUGUCAAGACCUGGCCAGAUGCCCUUCUACUACUGUGGAGGAUUUAAAAUUCUGUCACAAGCGGUUACUGACUGUACAGGCCAGACCCUUUUCAGACUGAACAAUGGCUUCAGUAUCAUCAGCAGCAAUGACAUGGUGAGGAGUUGCCUGUUGCAGAAAACACAAGAUCCAGACAGCCAGGAGUUGUGUAUGUCUGUUCUGAGAUUAUGGAGGGCUAUUUGUUGUGGAAAUGAUGAAAACCAGAAGAUGCUGAUGACAUGCCCAGUCAGCAGAAAGUCCAUUGUUGACUUGGUAGCAUCAGAGCAUGUUGCAGUACAGAAAGAAUGCCUAGCAUUGCUAUUUCUGUACUCACAAGUGCCACAUGGCAGACGUUUGGCCAUCGACAACUUGAAUGUGCACAAGUUAGCGAGGAACCUCAUGGCAAGUAUCUCAAAGCCACAGCAGCAGCAGCAGGAGAACACAGCUGUCGACAUCCUGAAGAACUUUACUACAGAAAACAAAUUUUGCAUUCAGUUAAGGAAUGUCUUGACAGACUCUGUCAUCAUGCCAUUCACAACAAUACUGAGAAACAUCAGCAAGUCCAAUCUGCAUGUCCUUCCAUCACUGAUAUCAGCUGUUGGCAGUCUGGCUCGAGAUGACGUCAUCCGUCACAAUUUUGCUCAUGAUCCAGAAUGUUGGAGGGCCUUUCUGGUCGCUGUUAAGCAGUGCAGGGCAUGUGAAUACACAGAGGUCCUUUACCUUAUGCUUGGUUUGAUUAUCAACCUUUCAACUAUCACUUCUCCAGUCACACAGGAGCAUGCUGUUUCACUCUGUGACUGCUGUAUGGGCCUGCUGAGGGACGGUGAUGGAGGUGUCAUAACUAGAGCCACAGGCGUGCUGAGCACUGUCCUCCCUCAGUCAUCUGAGGCUGUUCAGCAUGUUAUUCAGGGGGAUGUGGUCCGGACCAUGCGGUGGCUGCUAAAGGGAACAGGGGAGACUGCCACUAAGUAUGCCAUUAAGACUCUGACAGUGUGCACUGCUGCCAGCCACUCGGCACGGGAGGAGCUGCUGAAGUCUGAUAAAAAACUGUCCAUUUUACGUCAUUUGCUGGGUUCCAGCUGUGACGAGAUGGUGUCAGGAAAUGCAGCCCUGUGCUUGGCCCACUGCCUUGAGUUAGAGGGAAUUGCCAGCGGCCUGCUGGGCACUGAUAUUGUGCUGUUGCUACUGCGCCACGCUGCAGGGGACGCUAAGAGGACAGCUGUGCAGCUAAAUGCAGCGAUUGCUCUUGGGAAGUUGUGUCGAUCUGAGCCCAGACACAUCAGCAAACUUCGAGAACUACACGGCCUUGAGAUUCUGCACUCCUGUAUGAAGCUCAUCACAUGAACCCAUUAAUCCAUGACAGUGCCAUGUUUUUUAUAAUCUCCUUGCUUGUCAUCAGUCUUGUUGUGUCUUCUGUAUUGUUUUAGGCUUAGACACCU